AAGAAGAGGAGGUUCUAAAUUGUUUUGGGGUACUCUGCGAUUUAUAUUUUUUUCUCUUACCUUUGAAUCUGCUUUGCUCAGUUGACUCGUGAAAAAAAAAACGACGGAGCGACCUCUUAGUUGGACUUUUCAAUUGGUUCUGUGAAAUAGAGAAAUAAAAGUAGUUAAUUUGAUAAAAUUAGAGGGACUAAAAAGGGAAGUUAAAAGUAUUUUAAACGAUUUACUAAAAAAAAGGAAAAAACUUGUGUUAUGUAAGGACGAAGGACAAAGUUAGUAGUUAAUGACAAAUUUAAGGACACUUACGUAAUCUUCUCACAGUCAGUGCCGGCUCAGUUUCGCCACUCGCGAUUCGAUUUGAUUCGUUGCUUUCCUUUUGGUUUCCUCAGCGUUUCCUUUGCGUUAUUUUCUCUCUCACCGUGUCAUUAAAUAACUGUAGAUUUUCUAGGGAGAGAGAGAAACGGAAACCAAGCAAAGAAACAAGCAUUUUUUUGCCUUCUAUUUUUAGAGAGAAUGGAGAGCAGAGAUGAAAUUAAGAAAAUCCAAUCCGAUACCUUAAAUCCUUGCAAUUCUGAGAACCCUAAUCCACCUCAGCUUCUGACCAAAAUCAGAGAAGAAGGCGAGCUCUCUUCCUCAACAGACGGCGAGGAAUAUCCUGCUGGUUCUGCUACACAAUCUGCCGGUUCAGUCAAUCCGCCUGUACUUCCUGGGCCCAUUCCUAUACCUCCAUUUAACAAAUUCUCUGAAGGCAUUCAGGCUAGGAAGUCUACUUUGGGAAUAAAUCCUGCUAAUUCUGUUGAUAUUCAGUCUCAAACAUCUGUGCAACCAAAUAAUGAUAAGAGUUUUGAGAAGAAUCAAGUGCCAGUUAAAUCUGCUAAUCCUGGAUGGCUUGUGCCCCCUAGAGGCAAUACUAACCUAGUAAUUAGCUUCUCAGAUGAUGACAGUGGAAGUGAAUCAGAUGAUUACAGAGCAGCAAAGAAUUUGAAAAUCAAACAGGAUACAGCUGGAGUGAAUGGUAAUCGAAGAGUACCUUCUCUUGUAUCAGCAAAAUCAAGUAAAUUACAGCAGGCUGCUAGAAAUGUAAACAGAGUAAUGCCCAAGAAAUCGUCUCUUAGUCGCACAUUUAUCUCAUCAACAAAAAAGAUUAAUGGUGGAGCUCAUUCCGGAAGUACUGGGCCCUCAACAAUUGAUCAAGGAUCUCGAGUUAGAAAUUUUAAUUCUACAAACAGAAACUUUGCAAGCCAGGAGCAUGGUUUUGAUCAAGGUGUGGGUUUGAAUAACACUAAACUUCAGGACUUGAGGCAGCAAAUUGCACUUCGAGAAAGAGAACUGAAGCUGAAGGCUGCCCAUCAAAAUAAGGAAUCUGCUUCAGUUUCGGGCAGGGAUUAUGCGGUCAUGAGCCUAGGUGCUGAUGCAGUGAGGAAAUCUAAUGCAACCUCUGAUGUUAGACAAUUAGAAGCAGAAGAGCCAGUCAGGAAACGCUUUAAAACAAGUGGAACCCAGUUAAGAUCAGACAGGAGACAAGAAAUAUUUGCUGUGAAAUCCACUAGACCUUUCAAAGAGCAAGCAUUAGAGAGCAGUACUUCACAGGACAGGAGUAUGGUCGAUCAUAGCCAAGAAGGAAGUCCCACAAGAAGAGCAGAGUCCGGUGUUGUUAAAUGGCAAAAGCAAUAUGAUAAACGGGCAGAUAUUUCAUUGGAGAAACUACCUAGUGGACUGAAAAAUGGAGCUAACAGCAGCAGUUAUUGUACUCAGACUGACAUGAGCAGUAAGCAGGUGGAUCCCCAUGUCUUGUUGAACCAAACUGCGCCUGUAAUAAACAUAGACUCAAGUGUGUUGCCAAAGAAUACAAAUAUUACUGAGUUGAAUCAUCCAGUUAAGAUCUGUGGCCAACAGCUACCAGGUUCUUCCUUACAGACUAGAACUGGUGAAAAGCAUUUAAUAAAUGGUUGCGACUAUCGUGAAGGCACAAAUAUUGACAGUACAGUUGAGCCAUCAUCAAACAACAUUUUUCAGACAUCUUUGAAUGACGUGAACCAUCGGAAUUAUUUGGGUGCUCCAAUUCUAUCUGAGCAUAGCACCAUAGAUAUGCAUUCAUUAGUUGAAGUGGAGGAAUCAUUGGACAAGGAGUUGGAGGAAGCACAAGAGCAGAGGCGCAUAUGUGAAAUAGAAGAAAGAAAUGCUCUUAAAGCUUAUCGAAAAGCCCAAAGGGCUUUGGUGGAGGCUAAUGCUAGAUGCACUGAACUUUAUCACAAAAGGGAACUGUACUCUGCCCAAUUUCGAUCAUUUCUUUUAAGUGAUUCGAGUUUGUUAUGGUCUGCAAGGAAGCAGGAACAUGCUGUAGUUGGGUUGAACCAUGCAGACAACAAAUCUAAAAAUCUAGAACUAAUGCUGCCAUCAAAUCAUUCUAGGAGGGCCGAAUAUGAUGGCCAUAACCAACCAGUGUAUGAUUCAAACGUCCAAUGUGCGAAUGGUGCUCCUUUGAAUAUGUCAUAUAGGCAUGUCAAUGGGCAAAAUUUGGGGUCUGAACCAUGCAGUGAACCAGAUGCAAGUACGUCAGAGCCAUUGCAUAUUAACAGCAAAAAUCUAGGAAAUUUAGUGAGCUCUCCAUCAAAUGAUCAUAAUAUAUCAGUAGAUGAAGAUGAGGAGACAUCUCCAUUAGGCCAUGAAACUGUGCAACCCAAUUUCAAAAAUAAGCAAACAGAGCCGAAUUCCUUGGCAAGGCAAAAUGACAUUCAUAAUCAUUCAAACUCAAAUUUCUCCAAUGAUGGAUCCCAGGAUUCUUUGAUUCUUGAGGCAACAUUAAGGUCUGCACUAUUUGCACGGUUAGGAAGCAGAAUUCUUUCAAAGAAUAGUGGUUUAACCAACUCAGAGCCUGCAAAUGAUCUGGGGACUGAAAAUGAUAAUGGAAGUGAAAGAACUCAGACAAGCAAUGGCAGUGCUCCAUUAUCAGAGGCAGAAAAGAAUCAAGAAUUUGAUCUCAAAGGCAAUGGUCUACCUAGGAGAAAUAUCGACAGGGCUCCUAAGACCCACAAAGAGAAAGAUAAUGAAUAUUCCAUCGGAGCUCAUCAAUCAACAGCUGUCAUAUCUUCACCCACUUCAGUUUUGAGAAGUGCAUUUGGACAUAUGAAAGUCAUGUCUCCAUUCACUUCAGCACAAUUAGAAAUUAGAAAGAAUCGACAAGGUGAUACAUGUGGUUAUUACAAUGAAGCUGCUGGUUGCAUCAAUUCUGGAGACGUCCAGCAGAGCAUUCUCACAUCAAACUCAGUGGAGGAGAGUGUCAGGGAGGUGUGUGAGAAUGAAAAUGGCUCUUUUACCUGUGAUCUUGCUGUUGAUCCUUUUUGGCCACUCUGCAUGUAUGAGCUCCGAGGGAAAUGCAACAAUGAUCAAUGCCCUUGGCAGCAUGUUAGGGACUUCUCCAGUGAGAACAUUGGCCAACAUGAGCACAAUGAUUCUGAUUGUGCUGACUGUCAGGUCAAAUUAAGAUUGCAUGGGAGAAAAUAUAAUGGUGCAACAGCACUUCUCAACUGUCCCAAUGUUUUGACUCUGCCAACUUAUCAGGUUGGCUUAGAAAUUUUGAAAGCUGAUCCACAUUCAUAUGAGUCCAUUGUUGCACGGAGAAAUGGACAGUGCUGGCAGAAAUCCUUCAGCAUCUGUGUAGCUUUAUCCAAUUUUAUUCUAAAAGAUUUGCCUGCUGAUGAACCUUUGUUGCAUGGCAAUGAUGGACGUAUUGAGGUCAAUGGGAGUUGGGACAAACAGUCAUCAUACUUUCAGAGUAGAAAUAUAAUCACGAAUCAUUUGAAUCAAGUGCUACCUACUAAUGUACAAUCAUUGGAAAUGGCCAUCCUUAUUCUGAGUCAGGAGGUCAAUAAACCGGAGGGUAUGAACAAGGCUUUAUCUGCACUUUCACGCGCUAUUGAAGCUGAUCCAAAAUCUGAAAUUCUUUGGAUAUCUUACUUGCUCAUUUACUAUGGCAACGUGAGAUCAAUGGCAAAGGAGGAUAUGUUCUCAUAUGCGGUCAAACACAAUGACAGAUCUUAUGGACUUUGGCUCAUGUACAUUAACAGUCGUCUACACCUUGAUGAUCGGCUAGAUGCAUAUGAUGCUGCCCUUACGGCACUCUGCCGUCACUCGUCUACCUAUGUAAAGGAUGAAAUGUAUGCUAGUGCAUGCAUCUUAGACUUGUUUUUGCAGAUGAUGGAUUGUUUGUGCAUGUCUGGGAAUGUUGAGAAGGGCAUUGAGAGAAUCUGUGCGCUCUUUCCUGUGGCGACUAAUUCAGAUGAGCCUCAUUCCUCGUUGCUCUCUGAUAUCCUUGCAUGCUUAACAAUUUCUGACAAAUUUAUGUUCUGGGUUUGUUGUGUGUACUUAGUAAUUUACAGGAAGUUGCCAGAGGCUAUUGUUCAGAAGUUUGAAUGUGACAAAGAACUCCUUGCAAUUGAAUGGCCUUAUGUUCAUUUAGUGGAGAUGGAGAAGCAAAGGGCUAUGAAAUUGGUAGAAAUGGCUGUGGACUCUGUUAAAGUGUAUGCCAAUAGUGAAUCACUUGGAAAUGAAACCAAUCUCCGAUCAGCACAACAUUUUGGUGUCUGCCACAUUAGAUGUAUGGUGGUGCUCGAAGGCUUAGAGUGCUGUAGUAGUUUGUUGGAUGAUUAUAUGAAGAUGUUCCCAUCCUGCUUAGAAUUUACUCUCAUAUCUGCGAGGAUUCAAAUGACUUAUUUUGAGGACACAAGUUUUGAGGGAUUUGAGGAAGCCCUUAGGAACUGGCCUAAGGAAACUCCUGGAAUUCAUUGUAUCUGGAAUCAAUAUAUUGAAUGUGCCUUCCAAAAGGGACACCCUGAUUUUGCAAAAGAACUCAUUGUCCGCUGGUUUGACUCCUUUUCAGAAGUUCAACAUCCUCAAAAAGGAAAAUUGGAUGCUAAAGGUACUAAUAGCACAGAUGAGUCAUUGGAUUUGACCUCGGCAUCAAAUCCAGAUUUCUUGACUUCCAAUUCUAACAAUGUGGAUAUGACAUUUGGAUACCUAAAUCUCUCUCUCUUUAAAUUACUGCAUAGUGAUCACUUCGAGGCUCGCAAUGCCAUGGACAAAGCCUUCAAGGCUGCAUCUGCACCAUUCUUCAAGCAUUGCUUGAGAGAACAUGCCAUGUUCUUGUUUACAUACGAGUCACAGUUAAAGGGGGAUGCUUCCAUAAGCUGUCAUCUGAAUGUUUUAAAUGGUUAUUUGGAUGAUGCCCGGGCUCUCCCACCCUCUGAGCCGUUAUCUAGACUAUUCAUGAACAAAAUUGAAAAGCCAAGAGUUCGGCAACUAAUUAGUAAUAUAUUGAGUCCGGUGUCAUAUGAUUUUUCUCUAGUGAACUUAGUUCUUGAAAUGUGGCAUGGACCAUCACUUAUACCCCAAACAUUUAGCCAGCCAAAGGAACUGGUUGAUUUUGUCGAAGCCAUCUUGGAGAUAGUGCCAUCAAACUACCAAUUAGCCAUUUCUGCUUGUAAGCUUUUGAGCAGAGGCGAGCAAUUUACUGAAAUGGCUCCUGGCAGUAUGUUGUACUGGGCAAGCUCAGCCUUGGUCAACGCAAUUUUUCAUGCGGUUCCAAUAGCACCAGAGUACAUAUGGAUUGAUGCUGCAGGUAUUUUGGACGGCAUUGCAGGUAUUGACUUAAUCUCUGAGAGGUUUUACAAGAGAGCUUUAUCAGUGUAUCCAUUCUCCAUUAAACUCUGGAAUCGCUAUUAUAACAUAUCUAAGACUAGAGGAGAUGCAAGCUCUGUCCUAGAAGCUGCAAGAGGAAAAGGAAUUGGACUAGGUUAAAUUUUUUUGAAUAAGAGUCAUACUCAAGUUGGUAGAAUCAGCUUUCACCUAAAAACUUACUGGAGAUCAGUUUUGCUCAUUGGUCAGAGGCGUAGGCCUCAAUCUGUACAGGUGAUGCAUUGCUUUAGAUUUGUUAAUCAUUGGGUGAGAUUGAUAUUCAGCACACUUUUUAACACAAGAUGUUCAUGAGAUGUGAAAUUAGGCGCUACUUGAGAGCAAAGGAUAGGAACAGGAAGAAAUGAGGGUUUUAACUUUCUGUUAGGUGAAGAAUGUUUCCAGCUUCAUCAUUGAUUAUUGUUGUUUGGUGUUUUAUGUGAUUGUUUUAAUCUUAGUUCUUACCA